AUGAUUGGAACACAACCACAACCGCCUGUGAUGCCGGCCCAACGCUACGGCACCUCACGCAUGGGUUUCCCCUCAACACCCCGCAGUGAGCGGCCGGACUUUCGCGAGGGAAGUUCACUGCGGGAGUACGAUCGCCACGGCCGUAUUGUGGGAACAUUUCGCUGCGGCCGGCUAUUGGGCCGUGGUGGUUUUGCGAAGUGUUACGAUGUGGAGCGUGAUGGGGAGUCGUACGCACUGAAGGUGAUUGACCGCGCCAUUUUGCAGAAGACAAAGACCCUGCAGAAGUUACAUUCGGAGAUUUCUAUUCAUCGUCGCAUGAAGCAUAAGAACAUUGUGAACUUCAUUCGCACCUUUCAGGAUGAUUGGAAUGUAUACAUACUGUUAGAGAAGUGCAGUAAUCAGACCUUAAUGGAGAUUUCUAAACGUCGAGCACGAUUCACUGUUCCAGAGACUCAAUAUAUUAUGUUACAAUCACUUGCUGCUAUUCAAUACAUGCAUGAUCAGUCUGUAAUUCACCGUGAUCUAAAGUUGGGAAAUAUGAUGAUGGAUGCUGAUAUGAAUGUAAAGAUUGGAGAUUUUGGUCUCGCUGCGGAGUUACAGUAUGAGGGCGAACGAAAACGUACUAUUUGUGGAACUCCAAAUUACAUUGCACCUGAAAUUAUUGACGGUGCACAUGAAGGUCACAGUUAUGAAGUGGAUAUUUGGUCACUAGGUGUUAUUCUCUAUACACUACUCGUUGGAGAGCCGCCUUUUCAGACAUCAGAUGUCAAGGCAACUUAUCGCCGCAUCAAACAAUGUCGAUAUGAGUUUCCACCGCGUGUGGAUAUACCGGAUAGUGGGAAGGAACUCAUUCACCGCAUUCUACAGAGCCGUCCGGAUCACCGACCGACACUCAUUGAAAUUCGCAGUCACCCCUUCUUUCGUAGUCCAGUCCCACCACUUACCGCACCACUCUCAUUAUUUCCCACCUCCGCACGUCACCGCAUGCAGGGAAGCAGCGAACAACAACAAGAACAACAACAACAACAACAAAAAGAACAAGAACUACAACAACAAAAGUUGCAGAAAUUAAGGGGAAUGGAAAUGGUUGGAUGUACACCUGUUACAACUGUCCCACCGGCACGGCGUGAGGUCCUACGUCCACUCAGUGCUAACACUAUUGGAUCAACUCGCCAACCGGUGCAGAGUGAGUCCCCGCAGCAGAUGGCUUUACACACCGGUGUGCCUUCCAACAGUAAUAAGAAUUAUUACUAUCCACAGCGUACCAACAAUAAUAACAUCAAUGGACCCUCCACAGUAACACCGACACCGCGUGCAGAGACAGCACGUCAACAAGGGCGUACGCAACCACAGGUAUCACCACCAACACCACCACCACCACCGCCGCAACAACAACAAAUGUCAUCACAGCCUGUAGAGGAGAAUGAAGAAAAUGCGGCUGCUACUCGUGUGCCACAUUAUCAGCUGGAUGAGGAAGAGAAGAAUCAACUUACCGCACUGCACGAUCAUCUACAUCAAACACUCCUAGAAGUGGCUGAACCUCGUGUACGCGAGACGCAACCACCAUUGUACGCAGCAGGAAUAGCUGCAGAAGAAGAUGAGGAUUCACCUUCAGCCUUUCCUCUUCCUUCUGUGUGGGUUACAGACUUCGCUGACUUUUCUGCCAAGUAUGGAUUGUGCUACCGACUAAGCACUGGACACACCGGUGUACACUUCAAUGACUCUACAAAGAUGGUAUGGGAACCCAUCACAGGCCGUGUUGAGUAUUACGCACGUGUUAAGGAGGUUGUUACGCGCAGUAAUAAUAACAAUGUUGUACAUGCAAGAGAUCAACUACAGUCAUUUCAUAUGGAGUCCUUCCCUGAGAGUCUUAAUAAGAAGGUUACACUGAUCAAGUAUUUUAAAUCAUACUUGUCGCGUGCUCGCAGUGUGCGAGAAGGAGUGGAAGUAGUGCGAUGCUCACCCUACAUGAAUCAUACACCAUCGCUUCUUAGCGAUCCACAUAUGAUUGAAGAUAUUGUAUAUGUGAAGCGUUGGUUGCUAACACCACAGGCAAUGAUAUUCCGUCUGUCUAACAAAACCAUUCAAGUCUGUUUCCACGACAAGGCAGAGGUGAUUCUCAGUUCUGAGUCACGUGUAGUGACAUACACAGAUGCUGCUGGUCACCGUGUUACCAUGUCGCUGGCGUCUGUGGCAUCACGUUCAAAGGAAGUCGCUGCACGUCUGCGAUACACAAAGGAUAUUCUCUGUGAACUUAUUCAGAACCGUGAGCUUUAG